AGAAUGCACUGGACUACCGACGUAAAACAGUUUGUUGCUGAUCGCACGUAGGACGGAUAAGAUCUGUAACAGAGAUUUAAAUUACAUUUACUUGAGGAGAUCGUGCAAUUAACUAUCAAAGGGACACAAUAUGUUGGGUGGAUUAUUCUCUAAUACUUAUCAAUUAUUGCCGCGUUUCGUAGCAUUAGGUCAGACCUGUUCAUCGAUGAUCGGUUCACCGGCAUUGACGAAUCCAUGGAGCCUCACUUUAAGUAGAACAAAGAUACGCUAUCAUUUUCCACGUCCCUGUGAACGUAAGCGCAUUAAAUGCCAUGGUUGGUUGACAAGAAUGUCCACGCCAAACGGUAGAAAAAUAAUUAUGAGAAGAAUAUUAAAAGGCAGACAUGUACUCAGUCACUAAGAAUGAAAUAUAAACGAGCAUUAUGUUAUUA